GGCCGCUGGGAGAGAGCCUGUCUGCUCGAGAGAAGCUCAAGUUCAGACACCUGGACCCUGGGACCUGAAGGCAACAUGUCAGAGUCAACGCUAAGGAUCAGCGGCACAUCGGUCCGUCAGGGGGCCGUGUAUGGUGGCAACAAGCUCUUUUCGUCAGGCAGAGUCAGGGGCAGCGGCGGUGGCCUGAGCUACUCUGGGUCAAGGUCGAUCCUGGGUGGAGGUGCUGGACUUGGCAUAAGAGGGGGUGGGGGCGGGGGCCUCGCGCUGGGGCUCGGAGGGUUGGGGCUCGGGGGGAUGGGGCUGGGGGGGAUGGGGCUGGGGAUGGGGCUGGGGAUAGGCGGAGGUGGAGGUGGCGGAGGAGGAGGUUUGGGUCUGGGGUUAGGUCUGGGUGUGGCAGGCAUGGGCCUGGGUGGGGGGCUGUCUUUGGGAGCCGGGGGGGCUGGCGGCAGGCUGGGUGGUUUCCAGGCGUCCGUGGCCCCUCUGAGAGGAAGGCUGGGUGGAAAGAUCUUCAAAGUCGGGGGGUACGGCCACAACCCGGCCUUCCUCAUGAGCACCACCACAGUGGACGCGGGCGUCAGCCCCAUGCCCAGCCUCGACCCCUCCCUGCCGUCCGUUGACACCGUCCAGGUCACCCGCUUGAAGGAGAAGGAGGAACUGCAGACCCUCAACGACAAAUUUGCCACCUUUAUCGACAAGGCCCGUACCCUGGAGCAGGAUAACGCCAUCCUGAAAGCCAAGAUCUCCAUGUUCACCAACCCCGACCAGGGGGGGCCCGCCAGCACCUCCAUCCUCCUCACCUCCGCCAUCGGCACCUACAAGUCCCAGAUCGACAGCCUGACAGCCACCAAAGAGGCCAUCAUCGCCGAGAUUGAGCACUACAAGGGCAUCAUCGAAGACGUCCAGACCAGGUAUGAAGAGGAGACCACACUAACCAAGAACCUAGAAAUUGAUUGGACGUCCUUGAAAGAAGAGGUCGACAAUCUCUACCUGACCAUUUUCGAGCUUCAAACCAACAUCGGGGGACUGGAAGAUCAGAUAACUCUUUCCAAGCAAGUGUAUGACGCUAAAGUGAAGGAGGUGAGGAACAUCGUGACCGGAAGCGUGAAGUCGGCCAUCUCUAUCUCGGUGAACAAUGCCGCCCAGGCGCAGGACCUGACCUCGGCGCUACAGGAAGUGCAGGCCCACUACGAGUCCCUGGCGAAGCGCAGCAAGCAGGACGCCCUCGUCACCGUCCAGGACAGCAUCUCAAUGAUGUCGCUAUCAACCCAGCCCAGUACCCAGACCCUCACUGCAGCGAAGGAGGAGCUACGUUUGUACAAACUCCAGAUCGAAUCCGUGCAGCGGGAGAUCGACAGGCUGAAGGGGGUGAACGCCCAGCUGGAGGUGCAGGUGGAUGAAGCGGAGGCUCACUCCAGCACACACACAGAGACCUAUCAUGACCAGGUGGUGACCCUCAAGACUCAGCUGGAUGACAUCAGAAGGCAAAUUACUCAGUAUGGACAAGAGUACCAGGAGCUCCUUGCCAGCAAAAUGUCUCUGGAUGUUGAAAUCACUGCAUACAAGAAACUCCUGGACAGCGAGGAGAUAAGGCUGAAGUCGGGAGGCGGAGUCACGGUGCACAUGUCCAAGUCUGCCAUAGGAGGCGGGCUCGGUCUUGGGGGCGGGGGCGGGGGUGGGGCUGGCCUUGCCCUUGCAGGUGGAGGUGGUGGAUUAGGCGGCGGCCUGGGCGGAGGCCUGGGCGGAGGCCUGGGCCUUGGUGGAGGUCUGGGACUGGGCCUGGGUGGAGGACUGGGCCUGGGUGGAGGCCUGAGCCUGGGUGGAGGCCUGGGCCUGGGUGGAGGAGCAAGCAGCGGAUAUGGCGGCUACGGGUACAGCCUCGGAGGUAGCGGACUCAGCCUCGGAGGUAGCGGACUCGGCCUGGGCACCAGCUUGGGAGGCUACGGCUCCACCUCCUUUGGCGGCACUGGCACCGGUAGCAGCAGCUUCAUGUCCUCCACCAUGUCUUACUGAUGAAACGCGUGCGGAUCACAGAUCACGGAUAACAGAUAACGGAUAACGGAUAACGGAUCACGGAUAACAGAUGACGGAUCACUUGCAAGGUCCUCUACGGCUUCUAAUCAACAGCGAACCUGCACUGCCUCUGGCUUUCACGCAGAGAGAGAGAGAGAGAGAGAGAGAGAGAGAGAGAGAGAGAGAGAGAGAGAGACA